GUUAUUAUCUGGUCAUGUUUAUGGCCAGAGCAAUGUACUUUAUCGCCAGGGGAAAAGCCAAUUAACUUUUGGGCAGAGGGCGUGUUUUUCGGUCUACGUAGAAAGUGGAAGUUCAGAGGCCAGAGUUCGAAUCGGAAGUGUUGAGCGAGAGUGAGCGGAAAGUAGCAAGCUACAAUUUGCUAACUGGUGCUAACUCGUUCGUCUUGGCUAUUCUCGUAGCUUUCAGUUCGCAUAUGUCCUAUGAUUUCUGUCUGAUUGGUUAGCUAUCAUCACUGAUCGAAAAUGCAGGAAUUGAUCUCUUCAGUGGAUCAUAUAAAAUUUGAUCUGGAGAUUGCUGUGGAACAGCAGUUAGGAGCCCAGCCUCUGCCAUUCCCUGGAAUGGACAAAUCAGGAGCGGCGGUGUGUGAGUUCUUUCUGAAAGCUACCUGUUUAAAAGGUACGUGUUUAAAAGGAGGGAUGUGUCCCUUCCGUCACAUCAGUGGAGAGAAAACUGUGGUGUGCAAACACUGGCUGAGGGGACUCUGCAAGAAGGGGGACCAGUGCGAGUUUCUGCACGAGUACGACAUGACCAAGAUGCCCGAGUGCUAUUUCUACUCCAAAUUCGGAGAGUGCAGUAACAAAGAAUGCCCGUUCUUACACAUUGACCCUGAGUCGAAGAUCAAAGAUUGUCCAUGGUAUGACAGAGGAUUCUGUAAACACGGUCCUGACUGCCGGCACAGGCACACGCGGAGGGUCAUCUGCGUCAACUACCUGGUCGGCUUCUGUCCGGAAGGCCGCUCUUGUAAAUUCAUGCACCCACGCUUUGAGCUUCCUCUGGGUGCAACAGAACAACCGCCUCUGCCGCAGCAGCCACAGGCUCAAAAGAACAUCCAGCCCUUGAACAGGUCUUCAUUAUCGCUCAUCCAGCUAACCAGCCCCAACAUGAACUCCAACCACCAGAGGCCACAGCAUACCUUCGGGGCAAUGCACUCCCACAAUAACAUGGGCAACAGAGGGCCCCGUCCACUGGACCAAGUCACCUGCUAUAAGUGUGGCGAGAAGGGACACUACGCCAACAAAUGUACAAAGGGACACCUGGCUUUCCUGAGCGGGCAGUAGCACCCGUCGGCUCACCGGACAAGCUUUCGCCCCCCCUCCCCCCUCCCCCCCCGAGCGACCCGGGGACCGGGACCCCCAUGAGCAGCACUGGCGAAACGUCUGGGUGCGCCGGCCCCCAGUCCAGUAAGCAUUGAAAACGGAAAUGGCGGCGGAAGUCCGAGGAUUUGGUGAUUCUCGUUGCUGCAGAACGGUGAAACAGCCCCCUGGGCGAAGGUGCGAACAGAAACCGCUCGCAGCCAAUGAGUGAAUUUGUAACUAUUUUGGGUUCCGGAACCCUGAACCAUUUCAGAAUCUUUUUUAUUGUAAUUUUUUUUUUGUCUGUGAUGAAAGAAGUAAUUGUAUCGUCAUCUCAAGCUACCGGCUGUUCUUUGUCUCUCCGCUAUUGCAGGGUUAUAACUUGCAUAAGACAACGUUUUCAAGUACAGGACACAUUUUGUUGGCAGCUCUAGUGCUUUCCAGCAAUGAAGUACUAUUACAGUCAAUUUGUAUCUUGUAAUUUCAAAAAUAAAAACUAGCAAUUUAAUUGCUUUACUGGACGGUAGUUAAAUUUCUUGUACAUGCUUAGAUAUUUACUACAAAAAUGGGAUGGAAAAUUGAAAGGAUUUUGUAGAUGUUAUCUGGUUAAAAAAAUAAUUCAAGAUAAUACCAAUAAUCCCAUUGGUUAAUGGGAGCCAGGCAGUCAUACCGCCAAUUAGGGUUGGUAUUUUAACACCUGCUUUUUAAUUGCACAUUCAUUUUUACGCAUCAACUUGGACCUACACGUCCAACACAGCAGAGUCAAGAAGGUAAACAUGCUAUGAAAUUUUUUCAUCACAUAAAAUGAAAGAUGGAUACGUACUUAAAAAUUUUCACUACUGAAACGUGCCAAAUUUAAUUUCUGUAGCCAUUGUUUAAUGUGUAUAUAGAUUACUGCAAUCUGACUGGUUCAUGGCAGCCAUGAUUUCUGGAAAAUAUAACUCAUGAAAUGGAACUAGUUAAAGUUCAUUAGUAGCAACCAACUGUUUUGGCGUUUAUAGGAGUGCCUGAUACGAUUAGCACAUGCAGUCUUUCCUCUUUAAUUCUGUCUUUACUAGAAUGUGGCCAAUGGUGCUCAUACCUAUACAACUUGGCUUGCUAUUUCUAGCACAAUUGCCCAGUACAACUGGACACCAACCAAUUAUUUCUGCAGCUGUGGAGCUUUGAAACUGCAUGACUUGGUUAAAGCCCCUCUUGUGAAUAUGCUGUGCAUCCCCAUUGCCACGUUCACUUUGGACCAUAAAGAGGAACUGACAUACAAUACACGGGGAUGUUUUUAAGCAGAUGGUCGUGUACUGGGGCAAAGGUUUUUUUUUAAUGGUGUGGUGGGCUUAUUUUCAUACUGGUGUGCAUUGCCCGAGCGAAUUGUACACUUGGCCGAAUAAAAACCUGUUCAUAAUA